AUGGAUCCAUUUUUUCGUGAAUUUUCAAGUUCUUCAAAUGGAAUUCAAUUGAAAAAUCAAUCCACCGUCGAGUUGUCCGACCAAAAAGUUGCCAAUGGACCUAGAUUUGAGUUUACUUAUCCAGAUCAGAAGCUAGUCAAUGAACAAAGGUUUCAGAAUACCUUACCAGCACAAAAAUUUGAAGGCUUCCAAAUGAUUGGAAAUGAGCCUUUUACGAGCAGUGUAGUCUCGUGUUCUAGUUUGGGCAUUGAGGACGAUUAUGAAGAAGACUGUGAUUUUUCGGACGCUGUUUUAAGAUGCAUAGAUCAGAUGCUUAUGGAAGAAGAUAUGGAGGAAAAGACUCAUAUGCUUCAAGAGUCUUUAGAUCUUCAAGCAAAAGAAAAGUCAUUCUAUGACAUUCUUGGCAAGAAAUACCCCCCUUCACCGGUACAAAACCCGACUUUAAUUAGUCAAUGUGGUGAGAACCCAGACGAUUACUUUCCAGGAAAUCGCCAUCAUAAUUGUUUAAGUUGCAAUGGUUAUGGAAGUGGUUACCUAAUUGAUGUAAUUGGUCCGAAGUGGAUAAACAAUUGUAUUGAUUGUAAUGCAUGUCAUGCUCAGCUAUAUACAGCAUAUAGUGGUUCCAAUUCAUCAAUUAGAUGGUCGAAUAGCUUAAACAAUAUUGUAGACAGGUUUUCAGACUCUCCUGUAAGUCCUCUUCAGGUAUCUGAUAUGUAUAAUGAGAGUCGAUGUGUGUGGGAUUUCAAGAAGGGGGCUGAAGAUGCAAGCAAAUUCCUUCCAAGUGGGAAUAGGGUGUUGAUUAAUACAGACAUUAAUGGUUUGUUAACUCGGGAGCCGAAUGGAGAAUAUGAUGGAGGAGUAGUUACAGUGGAGAAGAAAGAUGGGGACCCACAAUCAGCAUCUGAGUCGAGGGGCAGGAAGAAUCCACAUAGUGGAGAAACGGAUUUAGAAGAAGAAAAAAGUAACAAGCAGGCAGCAAUCUAUUCAGAAUCUACUAUUCGAUCAGAUGAAUUCGAUAUUGUCUUGCUUCAUAGCAUGGGGGAUGGUGAGGUUAGAUUGACAGCUUACAGGACGGAGUUGCGAAAUGCUAUGAGUAAGUGUGUGCAGCAGAAUGGACAAAUGAAAAGAUCAAGUGGAGUGAAGGGCCGCGGCAAAAAACAGAAUAGUAAAAAGGAAGUCGUGGAUUUGAGAACCCUUUUAAUUAAUUGUGCGCAGGCUGUUGCUGCUGAUGAUCGUCAGAGUGCUAAUGAACUGCUGAAACAGAUCAGGCAGCACUCGUCACCUUUCGGGGAUGGAAAUCAGAGAUUGGCUCACUGCUUUGCUGGUGGCCUUGAAGCGCGCUUAGCUGGCACUGGUAGCCAGAUCUAUAGGGCCCUUGUCAACAAAAGAACAACUGCGGCUGAUUAUUUGAAAGCUUACCAUUUAUAUAUUGCGUCGUCUCCAUUCAAGAGGAUUUCAAAUUUUACCUCGAACAAGACAAUUAUGAUCAAAGCACAAAAUGCAAUGAAAGUUCACGUUAUAGAUUUUGGCAUCCUCUAUGGUUUUCAGUGGCCCACAUUCAUGCAACGGAUGGCUAGAAGAGGUGGACCUCCAAGAGUUCGGAUUACUGGCAUCGAGUUUCCCCAACCUGGGUUCCGUCCAGCAGAAAGAAUAGAGGAGACUGGUCGUCGAUUGGCAGAUUAUGCAAAGACUUUCAACGUACCAUUUGAGUACAAUGCCAUUGCACAGAAGUGGGAAACCAUCAAAAUUGAGGAACUUAAGAUAGAGAAAGAUGAGUUUCUUGUUGUGAAUUGUUUGUAUCGGACGAAGAACUUAUUUGAUGAGACUGUAAUGGCAGAGAGUUCAAGAACUGCUGUUCUGAACUUGAUUAGGAAGAUUAAUCCGGACAUCUUCAUUCACGGGAUUGUAAAUGGGGGCUACGGUGCCCCAUUCUUCGUCACUAGGUUCCGGGAGGCUUUGUUUCACUUCUCAGCGCUAUUCGAUAUGCUUGAAACUAAUGUACCUCGUGAGAAAACUGAAAGAAUGUUAAUUGAGAGAGAAAUCUUUGGCUGGGAAGCAUUGAAUGUCAUAGCUUGUGAGGGUUGGGAGAGAGUCGAAAGGCCAGAGACUUACAAGCAAUGGCAAGUCCGUGACUUGAACGCAGGCUUCUUGCAAGUCCCUUUUGAAAGGGAGGUCAUGAAUAAGGCAAUAAAUAAGGUAAGAUCAAGCUAUCACAAAGACUAUGUUAUUGAUGAAGACAGUCAGUGGAUGUUGCUGGGAUGGAAAGGGCGGAUAAUCUAUGCUCUAUCUUGUUGGAAACCUGUUUGA